AUGAAGUUCUCACUUGGCUUGCUAGCCCUUGCCGGUUGUGUUGUCACGGUCACUGCCCGUGGCGAUUUCAGCAUCCAGUUCACCCGGUUUGCAGGCAAAUUCUGCACGGAUCCCAUCAAGACAGACGAGAUUGACAGCAAUUACUGUAAGAGCUUAGACUAUGACCAUGGAGGAUUCUCCUCCUUUGUCUACCAUCCUAGGGACGUGCAUGAGGAUGACAGCGGCGAUGGCUGUGAAGUCUUCGUGUUCGGCACAGGCCACUGUGCGGGUGAAGCCUACAUGAUAGGAGACCCCCUUGAUGCUUUUGGCAAAUGUGGCACUGUGCCCUUUCCGGCUGGAGGGUGGAGUAUCAGUGUGAAGUGUGAUGAGACUUCCUACGGCGAUACCUACAAGAGGGACAACGAGAAUGGUACGAUGGUUGAAUUCGAGGCUUGA